GCUUCUCCAAAGAUAAUAAAGUGUAGAAGAAGAAGAAGCUCUCAGUCCGCAGUGUUUUAUAGAGAAACAGGAUCUGAUCUGCUGCAGAAUGGAAUGAAAUUUCUCUUCGCAAGUCUUCUGCUGCUCCUUCUGGAUUCCUUCCUUGGAUAAGAGACACCUCCCCACGGCAGAAGAUUUUUUUGGAAAAAAAGUGAUUACGAAACAUACCUUUAUUUUUAUACAAGAAAGAAACUGUCAAUGCUUACAGUGAAAGAUGAGUUUUGAAGAAAGUGGAAACCUCAAAAAACACCAGCGCAUUCACACCGGAGAGAAACGGUAUCAGUGCUCAGAGUGUGGAUUGUGUUUUAGACUGAGCGAUUCCCUCAAAAAACACCAGCGAAUUCACACUGGAGAGAAACCGUAUCAGUGCUCGGAGUGUGAGAGGAGUUUCCAUCAACAGAGAGGUCUGAUUUUACAUCAGCGCAUUCACACUGGAGAGAAACCGUAUCAGUGCUCUGACUGUGGAUUGAGUUUUAGGCAGAGUACUGCCCACAAAAGACACCAGCGCAUUCACACUGGAGAGAAACCGUAUUACUGCUCAGAAUGUGGAAAGAAUUUUAGAGACGGUAGCAACCUCAAAACACACCAGCGCAUUCACACCGGAGAGAAACCGUAUUACUGCUCAGAAUGUGGAAAGAAUUUUAGAGACGGUAGCAACCUCAAAACACACCAGCGCAUUCACACCGGAGAGAAACCGUAUCAGUGCUCCGAGUGUGGAUUGAGUUUUAGACUGAAUGAUACCCUCAAAAAACACCAGCGCAUUCACACCGGAGAGAAACCAUAUCAGUGCUCGCAGUGUGAGAAGAGUUACUAUCAACAGAGUGGUCUGAUUUUACAUCAGCGCAUUCACACUGGAGAGAAACCGUAUCAGUGCUCUGACUGUGGAAAGAGUUUUAAUCAUCGGAAGGAUCUGAUAUCACAUCAGCGCAUUCACACUGGAGAGAAACCGUAUUACUGCUCAGAUUGUGGAAAGAAUUUUAUAAACGUUACCAACCUCAAAAGACACCAGCGCAUUCACACCGGAGAGAAACCGUAUCAGUGCUCCGAUUGUGGAAAGAGUUUUAAUCAUCGGAAGGAUCUGAUAUCACAUCAGCGCAUUCACACUGGAGAGAAACCGUAUUACUGCUCAGAUUGUGGAAAGAAUUUUAGAAACGGUACCAACCUCAAAACACACCAGCGCAUUCACACCGGAGAAAAACCGUAUCAGUGCUCCGAGUGUGGAAAGAGUUUUAGACUGAAUGAUACCCUCAGAAAUCACCAACGCAUUCACACCGGAGAGAAACCGUAUCAGUGCUCGCAGUGUGAGAAGAGUUACUAUCAACAGAUUGGUCUGAUUUUACACCAGAGCAUUCACACCGGAGAGAAACCGUAUCAGUGCUCCGAGUGUGGGAAGAGUUUUAGACUGAGUGAUUCCCUCAAAAAACACCGGCGCAUUCACACCAGAGAGAAACCGAGUGUGGAUUGAGUUUUAGACUGAGUAAUACGCUAAAAAAAAAACCAGCGCAUUCACACUGGAGAGAAACCAUAUCGAUGUUCGGAGUGUGAGAAUAGUUUCCAUCAACAGAGUUAUCUGAUAUCACAUCAGUGCGUUCACAAAGAAGGGAAACCGUAUCAGUGCUCUGAUUGUGAUUGAGUUUUAGGCAGGGUACUACCCUCGAAAGGCACCAGCGCAUUCACACUGGAGAGAAACCGUAUCAGUGCUCCCAUUGUAAGAAGAGGUUCUCUGAACAGAGUUGUCUGAUAUCACACCAGCGCGUACACACCACAGAGAAACCGUAUUACUGCUCAGAAUGUGGGAUGAGUUUUAGAGAGUGCCUGUAAAAGACACCAGCGCAUUCAUGAUGAGCGAAGUGGUAUCACUGAAAGUGGAAGCAAAUUCUAAUGCUCACAUUUGAAAAUACACAAAUGUAUUAGGAAGGAAGUAAAAUAGAAAUUGCAAUUUCUGAAUAAUUUGUAAUGUUUCAAUGUGACAUUAUGUUUUGAUAUGAUGUAAAAACUCUCUCUUACUUUGGAUUUAGAUUAGUUCAUUAAAAGCUUGUUGAAAAUAAACUGCUUAUUUCAAAAAGCGGAAUUAUUC